AUGUUCAUCACCCUACGGAACGUCAGUGAAUCAGUCAAUGUCACCCAGCCCAAGUUUCGAUCUGUUAGCGCCCACGUAAGCUUCCAGUCGCACGUCCAGUCACCUGACAAUAAUUUUGCGCAAAGUCCAGAGCUACUGAGCAUGGCACAGCCAGGGGGAAGCGUCAGGGAGUCCUCCAGGCUGCACAUCGACGACUUGAAAGUAACAUCUGGGCGUUUGCACAUCAACGCUCCGGGAACAUAUUUCGUGUACUCGAGUAUGCACUUCAAGCCACGAGUCGGAACAUUUGGGUAUAAGCUAUGGGAGCACAACAUCUCACUGAACAGAGAAAAUAGGCCAGACGAGACCCUGGCACACAGCUGCCAUUCCUGUUUUACCGAUUGUGAUAGAGAAGUACACACCAGUUACACAGGGGGCGUCUUCCAACUCAGGCACAAUGAUCUAGUGUAUGUGAACGUCACCAGCAAAGAUCUAGUCGCGUUCGACGGCCAAGCCAGCUAUCUGGGUCUCAUAAUGAUUGCAAGUUCUGACGGUGCUUGA